CAGUAUUGCAAACUGAUCGUUCGAUUCCGUCGAUUAGUGUUCAUUACGAGUGGACUUUCUGUUGAUGUUUAAGAAUUCUAUAAAUUUAAUGCAGUUUAUCGUUUGAAAUUUACACGAACACCUUGGAUUAUAACCGUAAGAGAGUGGGAAAAUUCGUUUUCCAUCCCGUAUCAGAUCUAUCUCAACUGAAACUUUUGUGUUGACGAUCGUGUCAGUGAUCUUAAAACAAAACGAAGUAACUAAUUCUUCAUCGUGAAUCCAUGUAUCAGACUGCGAUUUUGACUUUUAACGCGUCGUAGACGUUGUUUGUUGGUGAAAAGUUGACUGAUUUUUCUUCGAUACGUGAUCUAUCGUAACAUACGUUACUACGUUACACGUGUUCUCCGUAACUAUUUUGGUUAACAGUGGGACCUACAUAAAGAUAUCGUCAACUGCAACUAGCAUGUUAAGUUACUGGAGUAACAGAGACACUCGUAAACUGUGAUCUUUAAUUGAUCGAUACUGAUCCAUAAUCGAUAAGUGAUUGGUGUAGUGCGUAUUAUUCCUAUGUGUAUAAAUUCAGUUUGAGACGCAACCAAGUAUAGUGAGGAUAAACAAGUAGAGUAUAUGCGUGAUUAACAAUUCUCGUAUAGAUUGAAACGUUAAUAAUACUGGCAUCUUUAAAAGUGAACGAAGAAAAAGACCUAGCGUCUCGAUGCUGGAGUGUGCUAAUGUUGUAUAAUAGCAUGCAGUUCGCAUAUCGUUACACGUGGAACCGAGAAAUAAUUGUCAAUUCUCAAAAGCUCGUGAAAAGACGUUGAAUCGAGACUUUUCAUGGUCCUGUAGAUGGGCUUGACUGUUUCACUUUGAUAAAACACCGUAUUAUAUAUUAAGGAUAAUUUUUUUUUUUUUUUUAUUUAAUUAUAACAUACAUGUACGAUCCCCUGGUUCCCUUUUAUUAAUAAGGGUUCAUACGAAAACAAACGCACGUGAUAAUGGCUACUAUAUGUUACAGUGAGCCUUUUUCAGAUUGGUUGGAGGAAAAGAUAGAACUUCCCAUUUUUGAAGAAUUACCAAUUUCUGAAAGUGGACAGAUAAAGCCAACGUCAUACAAUGAAAUUACAAAAAUCCCUCAACAAGACAAUACGCAAACUUUAUUGCAAGAAUUUGAAACUGUACUGGGAGAUGUGGAAGCUUGCCAUCAAAUAGUCCCUUCGUCAACGUCCACUCUUACACCUCCACAAUCCCCUCCUCCGCAUAAACCAUUAAAUGUAGAUACCCAAUUACUUGUUACUUUGCAACCUGUACAACCAUUGUAUUCCAACCAUCAAUCCAUAUACAAUGUGGUAAAUCCUGAAGAAAAAUCAUGUGAAAAUGAGGUACCAUUAGAGUGGAAUACAAAAAAUGUAUCAUUGGAUCCAUUGAACACAGAUGUUGCACAUGAUUUAGCUGUGGUAGAUGAAUAUGUACGUUUACAUACAGAAGAUAUUCCACCACCUAGUCCAUGUACAAGCUCUGGUGGCAGUUACACUUCAUCAGAAGAUUCUGUUGAUGAUCCAGAUUGGGUUAUAGAAUCAGGAAAGAAGCACAUAAAACAAUCUGCGUACAUUUCGUCUAAAAGUCGUCAAAAACCUUACUCCCGGCCAUCUGUAGAGGACAAAAAAGUUCGUAAAAAGGAACAAAAUAAAAACGCGGCAACACGUUAUAGACAAAAGAAAAAGCAAGAAAUAAAAGAGAUAUUGGGUGAAGAACGUGAACUUGCUGAACAUAACGAAAAAUUAAAAAAUAAAGUAACUGAUUUACAGCGAGAAAUUGGGUACUUAAAGGGUUUAAUGAGAGACUUAUUUAAAGCCAAGGGUCUUAUCAAAUAAUCCAUUUAUCUAUCAAUCACUGUUAUGUUUAUUCAUUUUUAUUGAAUUUAUUAAUGAUAUUUUUUGACACUAACUUUUUUUUAUAUUAAUACUAAUCGUGUAGCGUAUAGAUUUAAAGUACUGAUUAUUUUCUUUUCUUUAACUAGCCACAUAUCUAAAACAAUUUUAAAUCUAUCACAGCAUCUUAGUAGGACUACAGAACUGUCACCACAUGAUGCAUAAUAUAUUUACACAUACUCAAAUUUAUUUGUGGUCCGUUAAAGAUUAAGAGUCAAGGUGCAUUAAAUAAUGAUGGAAUUUGUAAAGUAUGCAGCCCUAUGAAACUCGUCGGAGUGGAAAUUUGCUGUUACUGAACAUUCUGUAAACAAUUUAAUGCAUCUUAAUGAUGCAAAUA